CGGGCACUCACGAAUUGCUCUUCGCUAGUCAUGGAAAAUAACUCUCCUCGAACAGGACCAGAUCUAAAGCUUGAGAUGUUGCUAGCUAUUAAGUGUGGUUCUAGUAAUGUGUACAGUAAUAUUUUGCCGGCACCGCUGUCCUCGUUGUGGGUGUAAUGUUAACGUUGUGUAGGCCCAGUAGUUCGUAAGACCUCAGCUUUUUCCAACCACUGUGAUUCGAAUUGUAAGGGAUAGCAGCUUUUUGAAGAGAAGUGUUAGCCUAUAGAUUUUGGUAACGGAUUUCAAUGUGCUCGUUUAUCUCUUUUUAUAUGUGAGUUUUAAAUACCGUGGACUGAUAUUUGCCUCAUUGGCUAGCUGUGUGAUAUAUGCCUCAUUAGCUAGCUGUGUGUGUGUGUGCUACAUCCAGAUAGCUAGCUAGCCAUACCCGUUAUUUUCCUUUCGACUAGCUAGCGCGCUGUUGAUUUCAGUAGCUACGAUAUGUGACGCUAGCCAACACCAACAACGCACAUCUCAAGUUAACUGCAUAUUUGCUACCUUUUAAUAGUAUUAAUCGUGUUUUCGCACUGUUCGAUUACUAGAUACCACUAACUAGUAACGUCUUUUUAAAUUGAUGUGUUUGACCAGCACAAAUCAUGACUGGUCGUAUGCCUCUAUUCUAACAAGCUAACAAAGUGCUGGCGGCCACAGUAGGUCGGCGCAUAUACUUAGGCACUCGCUAUCCCUGUGAAGAAUUGGAGAUCUUAGGGGAGGGCUCUUAGCUUCCGGUACGAAGAUACUUGAAAAGCCCCACAUCAGCUGUCAUAUCACGGAAUGCUCUCCGCGGUGGUGCGGUGAUGUCCACUGUGGACGGUACCAUGUGAAAAAUGAGUAUCAUGAAGCCCACACGCAAGCUGCUGUUCCUCUUGUGUCCCAUGCUGGUCCUGGGAUUCAUCUACUACUCCUCCGGGAAGCUGCACCUGCACGUCUGGGGUCAGAAGCCAGAUAAAUCUUCCCCACAGAUAAAUGACUCCGCCGUUGCCAUGACGGUGAGAACAGCCCAAGCCCGAGGGCGAGAUAAAGCUAAGGAACCCGCAGCCCCCCCGAAAAAGGCCAAAGAGCCCGUGGUGGAAACCCUAAACACCGUGGGACAAGUGGUAGGCCCAGCGUACGAUAAGCAGGGAUUCUUGCUGACUCUGGAUGGAAAGCUGUCCCAGGAGCUGAUCUACAAGUACGGCAACCUCAGCGAGGGAGCCUGCAAGCCGGGCUACGUAGCAGCCAAGAUGACCGCCAUCUACCCAAAGUUCACGAAGCCUGCCCCCAUGUUUCUAGACAAGAAUUUCAAGCGUCUGGGCAAAGUCAGUGUUUACUCCCCUCCGUUCGGAUUCAAAACGCAAGAAAGAGUCAUAGACAUUAUUUUAACAGCAACAAAGAAUUAUGGGCUGGGCACAGAACUGGAUAGUUUGAGUUGUAAAAGAUGCAUUAUCGUGGGAAACGGAGGCAUCCUCGCCAACAAGUCUUUGGGGUCCCAAAUCGAUGAGUACGACGUUGUCGUAAGGUUAAACGAGGCGCCAGUGAACGGCUUCCAGAAGGACGUGGGGUCCAAGACCACCAUCCGCAUCACCUACCCCGAGGGCGCCAUCCAGAAGCCCGAGCGCUACGAGAAGGACUCCCUCUUCGUCUUCUCCGCCUUCAAGCCGCAGGACUUCCGGUGGCUCCGGCAGAUGGUGUUCAAGGAGAAGCUGAGGACAGAAGGCUUCUGGAAGUCUGUGGCCCAUCACGUGCCCAAGGACCCCUCGGACAUGCGCAUCCUCAACCCCUACUUCAUCCAGGAGGCGGCCUUCCAGUUCAUCGGCCUGCCACUCAACAACGGGAUCAUGGGGAGGGGGAAUAUACCAACACUGGGGACCGUUGCCAUAACGAUGGCCCUCCAUAACUGCGACGAGGUUGCCGUGGCUGGAUUUGGGUAUGACAUGAACACCCCCCACGCCCCCCUGCACUACUACGAGACGGUCAAGAUGUCGGCCAUCAAAGAGUCUUGGACUCACAAUAUUUCGAAAGAGAAGGAGUUCCUACGCAAGCUGGUGAAGGCCAAGGUCAUCACAGACAUGACGAACGGCAUCUGAGGCCUGGCCGGGAUUCCCUUUUCCCAACGAACUGCUGAGCAGAAGCGGUUGGGAAACUGAGGCUGAGGCGGGGAGGGGGGGGCCCGGAGCCCUGCCGGCCCCACCCCUCCGCGCCCCCGCGCCCCCCCCCCGGCACCUCGCGCCAUUCCAAGCUUUCAGGAGGCGGGAAGGCCGGCGGAGAGAAGCCGGAGCUUCCCGGGCCAAAGCCGCCUCCUUCGCUGGGACUCGGAAUAUGGACUCGGAAUAUUCCCUUCUUCAGGAACGAUCCUGGGCAAAACUUGAGUUUCCACUUUGUCCCGGGGGGGGGGGGGAAGUCGCACAACGAGCGGUACUGGGUUAAGUGAAGGAAGCGGAAACAUCACGCUAACCUGCCGGAACGAGAGCGAAGGCAAAACGAAGCAAGUGGACUAUGAUCGGUGUGUGUGCCAAAUGUACCUCAUCAAAUACCUGAAUGUAUUCAUCAAAGAGUCGUAGUGCGUUGUACAGGCCCGGGUCGCCCCUCGGUACUGCUUUUUUUAGGAGUAUCUCCGUCCGGGGCAAUGCUGUCCCGGCCCUGUCUGGAACCCUGGGAAAGGUGUAGUCUUUUUCCUUUUUUUCCCCCCUCCAUUUCUUUUUAUCAGCUCCUGUGUUCAGUGACAUUUUUAGGCUUUGCACAAUGUGUCCAGGAGUAUGGGGAGAGGUCGUGGCCUUUUUUGUUUGUCUUUUAAGCAUUAUUUAUUUUGUUUUACUUAUUUGGAAGUUGCCUCAUUUCCCCUGAUGGACAGCCAGACAGUCAGUCAGACUCCAUUUUCCGUUAUUUGUCUUUGUACUUCUCUGAUUCUCUCUAUAAGAAUCGGAACCUAUUUAUAUUGAGCCCCUUCCCGAAUCUGCCGACCUUUGGUUGGCUCAAACUAGUAUCGUAUUAUGCUUCUGCUAUGCGGUGGUGGUAAACUUUUUUAAAUAUUAAAAGUUUUCGGGGUGUUUUGUAUUUAUAGAGAUGCAAAUUACUGUACGCCUGGUUAAAUAUUCUGUUUACCGUUAAGUUAAAUGAACGAGGAAGCAUCAGUCCCCAAUGUUGGAGAACCAAAAUCAGUGUUCAGGGUCAACCAAGGCGCUGGCCUGUGCCCACAAAACCAAGGCCGAACCCCCGGAACCUUUGUGGUAAGAUGGAAUAUGUUGCACUACAUUCCGUAAGGAUUGGGUGAAUGCACUGGAUCACGCUGUAUGUGAAGUAUACCUAUCAACAGUUCAGUAAUUAAUUAGCGUUCAAUUCAUGGAUCAAAAGCAGAUCAGUAAACCAAUAUUUUUUUAAUGUACAGAGGUAUACUGUUUGUGUUCUUUCUGUAACUUGUAAUAAAUGCAUUGAGUCUCCUUUGUCACUUUG